UUAAGUCUCUGUCCUCUCUCAGUGGCUGAGUUUCAAUCUGAAUUCCCAGUUGUGAACAUGCUGCGGCUGCUGCUCCUGCUUCUGCUGCCAUCCUCAGAUGAGGUGUGGGCUCGUCUUGUACCCGGCUGGUGGGACCCGGGCUCGGGCUCCUGCCAGUGUGAGGUGGACUCCUCCAUGUGGGCCUUCCCUGCAGAGGAGUACAUGUCUGUCCUGGGGAAGAUGAAGACCUGUCAGCUAUCUUUGACCAAGCUGCAGGAACAGCUCAGUUUCUCCACCCAGCGCCUCCCUCUGAUGCAGGAUCAGGUCAUCAACAUGACGGCUCGGCUGGAACCUUUCCAGUACCUGCACAGCCGGGGCCUGUACACGGCACUGACGCUGCGUGAGCUGUCGGAGGAACUUGGCCAGCUGGAGACAGACAUCGGCGUCGUCCAUGGGCAGAUAAACAGCACUCAGACACAUAAGCUUCGCAAAGAGGUUUCUACCCUGGUGAAAGAUGCCAGGAAGAUGAAAACUUCUGACACAAUCAACAUGAAAACUGUCAGAGACAAACUGCGCUACCUGAAGAACAACGUGGAGUCCUGCAAGUCUAUCCCUAAAGAUUUCAGAGGUCAGAACAGGCACUGCUACAAAGGUCUUAUCGCUGGCAUCAGCGACCCUGUCACCUCCAAGAUCAGCCCUCAUGGGAAGAGCUACAUCUCCGGUUCGUGGGGCAAACAGGCUCAGGUAGACAGCAAGGCACAGAAGAACAGCUACUGGGUCCAGCCUCUGACCAGCGGCCACAUCCAUGGAAACAUUCUGCGAGUCUACCAAACCUACGAGGACUUCAUGGCCUCCACCAACCACCAGGACUUCACCUUCGCCCCAUCCUUCAGUGACUCCAAGACCCUGGAGGGUCCUGGCGCAGUCCUGUAUGGGGAGGCAUUGUACUACCACUGCUACCGCUCGCCAGACGUCUGCCGCUUUGACCUGAAGACCAACCUGGUCUCCCGGGUGACCCUACCGGGCACUGGGGUGGGCUUCAACAACAAGUUCCCCUACUGCUACUUCGACUGCCGGCUGAACAGCGAUGUCGACUUGGAGGCCGAUGAGAUGGGGCUGUGGGCCAUCUACGCCACCGUCGGUAACCACGGCAACCUGGUAGUGAGCCGGUUGUUGUGGGACUCUGAGGCCGGGACCUUGAAUGUGACGCAGACGUGGGAGACAAGGCAGUUCAAGAAGGCCACCAGCAACGCCUUCAUGGUGUGCGGCGUGCUGUACGCCACGCGCUACGUGGACGAAUUCCACGAGGAGGUGUUCUACGCCUUCGACACGGCCUCGGGCAGAGAGGACAACUCGCUCACUCUGCCUCUGGAGAAGGUGGCCAAUGGAGUGGCCAGUCUGAGCUAUAACCCCACAGACCAACAGCUCUACAUGUACAAUGACGGAUAUCUGCUGUCCUACCAGGCGCACUUCUAGUCUCCAAUCCUUCAUUCAAGUGUUCCUCUCUGAACAAUCAACAACAAAUGAUGAAAUGAACAAUUCCAUAAGCAUCUUGAACUCUGAAAAUUGCAAAUCUAGCUAAAUAUCACCCAAAGUAAGGAUGAAAACAGAACAGCUCCAGAGAAUUGUGAUGUUUAAGGUCAGGACAGAUGAGAUUAUUAAAUCUGCUGCAGUGCUUUACUCAAAAUGUAAGUUUGUUAUAUUUCAGCUUAGAAAUUAAAAGUGCAGUUAGUAAUAAAAAAAGGAGUGAAACUCCAGUGAUCAGUUUGAGACAGUUCCAGUGACUAUGUGAAGGGUUGAGGGUUUAAGAGCCUCUUGUCGUCUUUGCAUGGGAAUUAUUGAUAUUUAAAAAUCAAUCACGGAUUUCGUUGGGACUAUAAUCAGUAAAAAUGUACUUUAAAGCAUGAACAAUUACCAUUUAAUGUCUGUGUACUUUCUGUGGUGUGUGGUUCAGUUUUACCUCCAAAUAACCUGUCAAACUAAUAAAGUAAUUGAA